AUGGAUUACAACUACGUCGAACACAAUGGAAUGACUUCGGUAAACCCUCCGAUUGGCAUCGAUGCCAAGGUCUCCAUGAUCUUCUUGAGCGUGGCGCUGUACAACGUGUUCGAGCUACUCUUCAUAAUCUAUACGACCUUUAAGCGCCGGAGCGGGCUGUACUUUUGGUCAUUCAUCGUCUCGACCGUCUGCAUCAUCCCCUACUCUGUCGGCUUCCUGUUAAAGUUCUUUGCCAACCGCCAUGAUCUCAGCAUGGUAUUCGCCGCCGUCGUCUACUUUGGGUGGUGCGGCAUGGUAACUGGUCAGAGCUUCGUGUUGUGGUCGCGGCUGCACCUGGUCAUGUACGACCGCCGCCGGCAGCGCGCCGUUCUCAUCAUGAUCAUCGUCGACGCCAUAAUCUGUCACGGUGGCGUGUCGGUGCUCAUAUUCGGCGUCAACAGCCAAAAUCCCAAGCAAUUUGUGAAGCCAUACGCCAUCUUUGAGCGCAUACAGCUCACAAUCUUCUCCGUCCAGGAGCUCAUCAUCUCGAGCCUAUACAUUUACGAGACAGCCAUGCUGCUCCGGCGUGCAAAGGAUAACCCUAGGCAAAGCGGCUGCGAUAACAACACCAGCAGCAGUGGUACCAUGAGCAGUGGCAGCGGAGGAGAAGAAGAAGGACGCAACCUGGGCAGAAUCGGGUACGCGACUUGGAGGUGCGUCCUGACGCACCUCGUUUACAUCAGCAUCUUGAUCAUCCUGCUCGACGCUCCGUUGCUGGCGCUGCAGUACGCCGACCUCUACGGCAUUCAGACGAGCUACAAGGGCCUCCUUUACAGCGUCAAACUCAAACUCGAGUUCACCAUACUGAACCGCCUCAUCGAGGUGACGACUGAGCAAAACGCUGCCGGUCCGGAAUUUGUGAACGGGUUGGAGGCGGGCACCCAGGGCCGCGGAGAGGGUGGAUCGUCGUCGCGGAACCUCCGAGGUAUGUCGUCGGCAAAGUCGCCGAGGCAGGCGUACGAAGAGACGCUGGCACAGUUGAGGGCGGAAACGCCGCCGCCAAUGCCUUCUUCGGUGGCGGGGAACGAGCGGUUGAAUCUGGAGCAGGAAAAGGGACCGGACCGAGGGUCAAGUGGCAAUAUGAGGAUCAACAUGACGCUCGGCAAGGUCGAUAGCGGCCGGAUGGUGAAGUUUCAGGACGGACAGGUCGGGGAUGGGGACGAGGAGUGUCGAGGUUUUCCGUUGGUGCCAUUCGAGGCAAGAGCUUUCAGGUUUGACGAUGACAUCGAAAUAAGCCCGAGAACGAUACAAAGAAACUGGGAUUUUGUCAGCGGAGAAAACAGCCAAGGCGAACAAAGCGAGCCAAGUAUGACCCCAACGAGCUUUGGCCAUCAAAGGCAGAUGAGGAGCGACGAGGGUGCCUACCUGAGGAAUUUGGACGCGGAUGCCAUCUACUUGCAUGACAUGACCAAGGAAUGGUCUAGGCCGGCGACGGAACCCAUGGGGGGUCCUGUAUUCACGAGAAGUCGAGAUCUGAUAUGA